AUGGAGCCCUACCUUUCAACCCUUAGCCCUCAUCCCUUCAUCCCCAACCCUCAUCCCUUCAUCCCCAGUCUUUCGACCCUCAACCCUCAUCCCUUCAUCCCGAACCCUCAUCCUUUCAUCCCCAACCCAUCGACCAUCAUCCCUUUAUCCGUCUUUCGACCCUCAACCCUCAUCCUUUCAUCCCCAACCCCUCAACCUUCAUUCCCAACUCCCUCAACUGUCAUCUCUUCACCCCCAAACCCUCAACUCUCAUCCCUUCAUCCCAAACCCAUCGACCAUCAUCCCUUCAUCCCCAGUCUUUCGACCCUCAACCCUCAUCCCUUCAUUCCUAACCCUUCGAUCCCCAUCCCCUACCUUUCAACCCUUAGCCCUCAUCCCUUCAUCCCCAACCCUCAUCCCUUCAUCCCCAGUCUUUCGACCCUCAACCCUCAUCCCUUCAUCCCCAACCCAUCGACCAUCAUCCCUUUAUCCCGUCUUUCGACCCUCAACCCUCAUCCCUUCAUCCCCAACCCUCAUCCUUUCAUCCCCAACCCCUCAACCUUCAUUCCCAACUCCCUCAACUGUCAUCUCUUCACCCCCAAACCCUCAACUCUCAUCCCUUCAUCCCAAACCCAUCGACCAUCAUCCCUUCAUCCCCAGUCUUUCGACCCUCAACCCUCAUCCCUUCAUUCCUAA